GAGUUACUAGCUUAUAUCGAACAUGGCUGCGCCCACAGGACCGAGGGGAUCACAAGCCGCCAGCCCGCCAGGUUUUGAAGGUUUUCCGUUCGCGGUGGGCGGCCGACCACCGGAGGAGAGUGCCGGUAAAGAGCAGGAGCAGCCCGGGGGUGUGAAGAAGAAGCCGUGCAGGGCUUGUACGGACUUUAAAUCGUGGAUGAAGGUCCAGAAGAAACAGACAACCGCUGCUGUACAGGAGACCCAAGCUGCCGAGUCAGAGCCACAACAAGACCCAGAGUGUCCACUGGACAGGCAAGAGUUGGGGCGCAACACCUGGUCCUUCCUGCACACUAUGGCAGCAUAUUACCCCGACCAUCCGUCUUCUACCCAGCAGCAAGAGAUGGGGCAGUUCAUCAACCUUUUCUCCAAGUUCUUCCCCUGUGAGGAGUGCGCAGAAGACCUCAGGGGCAGGUUAAAAACCAAUCAGCCCGACACCAGGAGUCGCCACGCUCUCUCCCAGUGGCUGUGUGGUAUCCACAACGACGUCAACGUCCGGCUGGGCAAGCCUAAGUUCGACUGCUCCCGCGUGGACGAGAGGUGGAGAGAUGGAUGGAAAGAUGGCUCCUGUGACUGAGUUGGCGCGAAAUGUUCUUUGAGUGGGAAGCAAACUCUGGAGCAAAUGUGUGUGAGGAGAGAUGUGUGGUACUUGUUCGAUGGCUUUUCUUGUUUUGUGGUUGAUAAAUACAACUGAUGUGGUAAUAAAUCGACAAAUACACAAAGUCUUCCUCUCUGUUUCUCAGGUCAAAACCAAGACAGAGUUUAACUCAACCUCUCAGUGAUUCUUGUCAUCUUAUAUACCUACACCCAGUCUGAUUCUUCUGUUACCGCAGUACAUCUAUGGUCUGUUGAUGAACCAGAAAAACACUAACUAUCACAUUCUUGAAUGUGUGAAAAAUGUGUAUUAUAUCAUUGCCAUCAUCUCAGCUGUCACUGCUAAAAGAGAAAUACAUUUAUACACAUCUUACAAAGUGAUGAUCACUGAAUGAUUUUUCAUUGUCAUACCACAUUCAGUUUGUGUGUGGUACACCUGCAGAGAGUAUGCUAAUUUAUUUGCAUAUUUAAACAGUAAUUAUGUUGUUCUGAUGUGUAAUUAAUCAAAUACGUGAUUAUAUUAAUUGAAAAUACAUAUAUUUUGUUGAUUACAGUUUCUCAAAAAUCA